AUGACGGGUUGUCUUAGAUGUUCGAGUGCAACAUUUCUGGUGUGGUUCGGGCCGACAGUUCGCCUCACCGUCGCCGAUCCCGACCUUAUUCGAGAAAUCUUCACUUCAAAGUCUGAAUUUUAUGAGAAGUAUGAGGCUCAUCCACUUAUCAAACAGCUUGAAGGCGAUGGACUUCUAAGCCUCAAAGGUGAAAAAUGGGCUCACCACAGAAAAAUCAUCACCCCUACCUUUCAUGUGGAAAAUCUAAAAUUACUAAUGCCGGUGGCUGCACGAAGUGUGAUUGAGAUGCUGGAGAAAUGGUCGGCUAUGUCAGAUUCCGGCGAGGUAGAAAUUGAAGUCUGCGAAUGGUUCCAAAAUUUGACAGAAGAUAUUGUUAACCGAACAACCUUUGGCCGCAGUUAUGAAGAAGGAAAAGCAAUUUUCCGGCUACAAGCUCAACAAAUGGUGCUAGCUUCCGAAGCCUUCCAAAAAGUUUUCAUCCCUGGUUAUAGGUAUAAUUAA